CCACCUGUGUCACUCCUCCUGGGAUAGAGAAAUAGCCAGCAGCUGGCCCCUGGCUCUCCGCUGCCUCUUCUCUCACUGCCCCUCUGUAUCUGCCCCAGCCAGGAACCACUAGCCCCACCGCCCCAUCAGCUGCCACUUACCCGCGGAGAAGGACGGCUGGACCCUGAGACCUGCCCUCCCGCUUUGGGCUGGACGGAACCAACUAGCAACACACAAGCGUAUGCCAAGGUGUACAACGCAAGAAGCAUCAGAAUGGAGAACAUCACACAGAUCUCCAGAGAUGACCUGGAUGAACUGAGAGAGGCCUUCAACAGAAUUGACAUUGACAACAGUGGGUAUGUGAGUGACUUUGAGCUGCAGGAGCUUUUCCGGGAGGCCAGCUUCUCCCUGCCGGGCUACAGAGUGAGGGAGAUCGUUGAGACCUUCAUCGCUGGAGACACCAACAAGGACGAGAAGAUCAGCUUCGAAGAGUUUGUGUCUAUCUACCAGGAGCUGAAGAGCAAGGAGUUCAGUGAGAGUUUCAGGAAGAUCAUCGCUAGGAAAGAUGGGAUUCGCUCAUUUGGAGGGAUGUCGGGAAUCUCCAGCGAGGGAACACAGCACUCCUACUCCGAUGAGGAGAAGGUGGCGUUUGUUAACUGGAUCAACAAAGCCCUUGACAAGGACCCAGACUGCAGCCACCUGCUGCCCAUGAACCCUCAGAACGACAGCCUCUUCAAGUCUGUACGGGACGGCAUCCUACUCUGUAAAAUGGUCAACUUGUCUCAGCCUGACACUAUUGACGAGAGAGUCAUCAACACCAAGAAGAUGUCCACCUUCACCAUGACUGAGAACCUGGUCCUCGCCCUGAACUCGGCGUCGGCCAUAGGCUGCACGGUGGUGAACAUUGACGCCAGCGACCUGAUGGCUGGGAAACCCCACCUGGUUCUGGGGCUCCUCUGGCAGAUCAUCAAGACCGGCCUGCUGGCCGACAUCGAGAUCGGCAGGAAUGAGGCUCUGAUUGGUCUCCUGGGCGAAGGAGAGGACCUGGACCAUCUCCUGUCCAUCUCCCCUGAGGAGCUGCUCCUGCGCUGGGUCAACACACACCUGACCAACGCAGGCACCCAGACCAUUAGGAACUUCAGCGAGGACAUCAAGGACUCCAGGGCCUAUUUCUACCUGUUGGACCAGAUCUCCCCUAAAGGAGAGCGAGAGGAUGAGCUGGCGGUGAUCAUUGACAUGAGUGGUCUCCGCGAGCGAGACCUUAACCAGAGGGCAGAGCUCAUGCUCAAGCAGGCGGCCAGGAUGGAAUGCAGGCAGUUUGUGUCCCCUCACGACGUCACCUCCGGGAACAGCAAGCUGAACCUGGCCUUCGUGGCCAACCUGUAUCACAUGCACCCCUCGCUGCCCAACAACAACGUGGACCCCAACAUGCACAUAGAGGCUGAAUCCAGGGAGGAGAAAACCUUCAGGAACUGGAUGAACUCAUUGGGUGUAGCGCCCUACGUCCAUCAUCUGUACAGUGAUCUGCGUGACAGCCUGGUGAUUUUCCAGCUCUUUGAGAAGAUGAACGUAUCUGUUGACUGGAAGAAGGUUAACCCAUCUCCAUACCCUGUUUUAGGGGCUAACAUGAAGAAGCUGGAGAACUGUAACUACGCGGUGGAGCUGGGAAAGGAGGCAGCUCAAUUCUCAUUGGUCGGUGUUGGAGGAGUGAACCUGAACGAGGGCAGUUCCUUGCACACCCUGGCACUGCUCUGGCAGCUGAUGAGGAGGUACACAGUGAUGGUCCUCUCAGACCUUGGCGAAGGACAGAAGAUCGGGGAUCAGAUCAUCCUCAACUGGGUGAACACGACGUUGACCCAAGGACGCAAGAACACACAGAUCACCAGCUUCAAUGACAAGCUGAUUAGUACCAGUCUACCAGUGCUGGACCUUAUCGACACCAUUGUUCCCAGUGCCGUCAAGCAGGAGAUGAUCAAGAGAGCAGAGAAGGGAGUUCUCAGUGAAACGGACAAAUUCAACAAUGCCAAGUAUGCCAUCUCCAUGGCCCGUAAAAUCGGUGCGAGGGUCUAUGCGCUUCCCGACGACCUUGUGGAGGUCAAGACCAAGAUGGUUCUCACCGUGUUCGCCUGCCUCAUGGGCCGCUGGAUGAAGAAGGCCGAGCGCUGAUCAACUUCCCCUCCCUCACACACACUCACAGACACGCACACACACACACACACACACACACACACACACACACACACACACACACACACACACACACACACACACACACACACAUACACAGACACACACACACACACACACACA